AUGUAUACUCAAACUGUUCUCGUUGCAUUUCUUGCAGCUAUUGCCGAAGCUCGUUUCGGUCAAGAACAAGGUAAUGGGGCCAUUGCUGCCAUUGGUGCUUUGAGCGAUCUCGGAACCUCAGGCCAAGCCGCAACUCUUUCUGGCGGAUCCAUUCAAUUUCUCUUGGCUGCUGCCAAUCCAUGCGGUAAACUUACCCAAGCGGAUCAAAUCGUCGCUGAACUCGGAACCAGCGACCGCGCCAUUGCUGCCGCCCGUGGCCUCGUUGCCGCGGAGCAAAACUUCAACCCUUUCGUCGUUAGCAUCCCCUCCAUCUGUUCGGAUCCCACCCUUCCAACUACUGCUGCACUCCGAGGCGUGGUUCCUCUUAUCGACCCUGCUGUAGGCGGAGAAGCCAUUGAAAACGCCAACUCAAACACGUCCAUUGUUACCCCGUUCGCCGCAGAUGGAUUGAGCGUUGCUCAAGUCAUGGCUGCUCAAGGGUUCUCCAACUUCACCGCCGUCGCUCUCGAUGGGACUAAGGCAGCAGCUGCUGUCGCUUCUGGUGCGUCGAGUGCAGCUUCAGUCGCUUCUGGUGUGUCGAGUGCGGCUUCAGUCGCUUCAAGUGUAAGCGUAGCCGCCAGCUCUGCCAUUGCUUGCGGGGCUACGACGAUGGUGACUGUCACCCGUACUGCUACUGCUGCCGCUUCUGUUGCUACCACAUCAGCAGUAGCAAGCGCUGCCGCCUCAUCAUCGAGCUCCACGGCUGCCGCUGGAGCUGGAGCUGUCACAAAUGCGGUUACUGGAAACUUUGCUGGAUUCCAGGCUUCUACUAUCGCCGGUCUCGACUUUGGAACUUGCACUCCAACUAUGAAAUUCGAAGCCGGUCUCAAUGGUCGUCAAACCACCGAAUCAACUUUCCAAGCCAUCGAUCCAGUUGUCAACAAGGGACAGGAAGAAGCUCUCAACCCAGCCAUUAUCACCAACAGAAUCCACGACCAAUUGACCAACGUCUGUGGUGCCAAUCAAGCUGCCAAAGAUGCUGCAGCCGCUGCUCAGACCCAGAUCGUAGCAUUGGGUACUCGCGAUGCUACAACUGCGGAUGCUUGGAACACGGCAUUGGGAUUUGCUGGGACCAACACAAACCCUGACAACGCCCCACAGACUGGCUUGGUUGGUCACACAUAG